AAAUGCCAAUUUAUCGUGUAUACCGUGUUCAGCAAUUAGAUACCAUAUAUAUUUUUUUUAUAUUUUUGUUGAUAUAAGUCGAUAUAAACACGUAAUUAACUUAAUAACAUGUCAAUUUUGCAAAAUUGUUUUUAUUUUAGGCAUGUAAUCAAUAAUGCAAAUUAAAUUUAUAAUUAAAAAGAACAUAAUUACAACGAUUAAUACUGUCUUACUUAGUCUUUCUCAUUAUAUUUUAUGUUAAAAAAUUGAUAAAACAAGUGGUUGGGUUUUUAUUUCUAAUUUAUUGUUUUAUUAAAUUGUUGGAAUAAUGAGUCCAUAUAAGUUAAUAUUAGAUGGAGUAGUAAGAAAAAACGACUUUCUCGUCGGAAAAAAAAAAGUAAUAAUUCCAGAAACAAAAAUGAUUAAAUAUAAUUGUGAUGAUUUAGUCGAAAAUCCCAUUACAACUAACACCAAUGUUAUUUUCAAUAACAUGAAAACAGAUGAAUGUGCAAUCUAUUUUUUAAAAAAUGGUUUAUCGAAAUAUGUGACUGUGAUGAAUUUUGCAUCAAAAAUCAAUUGUGGCGGGGGUUACAUUAUAAACUCCAGGGGUCAAGAAGAAGAUUUGUGUAAAGUCAUGCCGGCACUUUAUUAUUCACUAAAAGAAUACGUUAAAUAUCCUUUUCCUGGUGAUUCAGUACUGAUUACACCCAAAAUCGGAAUUUUACGUAAAAAUAACAAAAACUACGAUAUGCUCGAUACCCAAUUGGAUGUCGGAGUUGUUAGUGCUUCGGCACCAAAUCUUCAACACGAAUAUUUUGAUGAAGAACGAGUUAAAAGAACGCUAAAAAAUAUGUAUUGUGCAGUAAAAAAAUACAUCCCUGAUACAGACACAUUAAUAUUAGGAGCAUGGGGUUGUGGCGCAUAUAGAAAUGAUCCGAGUAGAAUGGCAAAAAUUAUGAACGAUAUAAACUUAAAAUAUGGGGGGCAUUUUAAGACGAUUGUGUUUUCUGUACCAGAUCCAAAUAGCGAAAAUGCCAGUGAAUUUAAAAAACACAUCACGUUAUUUACGACAUCGGAGACUGAAAAAGUAACACAACUAGUGAAUUAUAAGGGGUCGAAGAUUAAAAAAUGUUGGCACGACUUUAUUAAAAUAUAAAUGUGGUUAAUCAAAUGUGUGUGUUUUUUAUUAAUUUACUGGCAUUUUAUUUUAUUUUUUAGUUUUUGUUUGCCAUGAAUACUUUUUCUAUUUUUUGACAAGUUAUAUUCUUUUACUCUAUUAUGUUAACCAUGUGUUCCGUUUUCGGUAAUAGUUUACCAUACACACAUUAAAAAUCAAUAUGCAACGAAUUUAAAAAUAUUUCUCCCAAAACACGUUAAAAUAACAAAAAUUAAUGAAAAACCAUAAAAAGUUAUUUUACUUUAGGUAAAUUAUUACCGUAUUACUUUUCGCUUUUAAAAAACUAAAAUGUGUUCUGUUAACAUAAAAGUCAAUACUGUUGCAUUUUUUUAUUUUUUAUAUGCAAUAUUUGUUAUUUUAUUUUGCCAACGGCGUUUAAUAAAAGCGCUACGACGUAUCAUUAUUUAUUGUUUUUAUAUUAAUUUGUAUUUUUGAUUUUAUAUCAAAAAAUAUUCCUUGCCAUGAAACAUUUAUAUUUAAAAUAUAUUUUACUCAAAACAUAUUUUACAUUACUUUACAUGAAUCACACUUUACAUGAAUCAUACUUUACAUAAAUCGUUUUUUAUCAAAACGUGUUUUACUCGAGUCAUUCUUACUUGAUACUUGAGUCAUACUUUACAUGAAUCGGUCUUACUUAAAACAUAUUUUACUUGAGUUAGUCUUACUUGAACCAUACUUUACACGAAUCGAUCUUUCUUGAAACAACUCCAUUUUACAUGAAUCAGUCUUUCUUAAACAAUUUUACAUAAAUCAGUUUUGAAUCAUAAUUAACAUGAACCAUACUUUACAUGAAUCGGUCUUGCCUAAAAUAAUUUUGCUCAAAACAUAUUAUACCUGAGUCAGUUUUACUCAAAUCACACUUUACAUGAAUCAGUCUUAAAACAAUUUUACUGAAAACAUAUUAUACAUGAAUCAGUCUUACUUAAAACAAUUUUACCAAAAACAUAUUUUACAUAAAUCAGUCUUACUUGAAUCAUACUUUAUAUGAAUCAGUCUUACUUAAAACAAUUUUACCAAAAACAUAUUUAACAUGAAUCAGUCUUACUUAAAACAAUUUUACCAAAAACAUAUUUAACAUGAAUCAGUCUUACUUGAAUCAUACUUUAUAUGAAUCAGUCUUACUUAAACAAAAUUACCGAAAACAUAUUUAACAUGAACCAGUUUUACUUAUAACAAUUUUACCGAAAACAUAUUUAACAUGAAUCGGUCUUAAAACAAAUUUACUGAAAACAUAUUUUACAUAAAUCAGUUUUAUUUGAAUCAGACUUUAUAUGAAUCGGUCUUACUUGAAUCAUACUUUACAUGAAUCGGUCUUACUUAAAACAAUUUUACUGAAAACAUAUUUUACAUAAAUCAGUUUUAUUUGAAUCAGACUUUAUAUAAAUCAGUCUUACUUGAAUCAUACUUUACAUGAAUCGGUCUUACUUGAAUCACACUUUAUAUGAAUCGGUCUUA